AUGGAUAUAGCAACGCUGCUGUUAGAAGCGAGUAAAACCAAUGAAGUGGUUGAUGGCGGGUCGCCCACCUCGCUGUAUGGCGGUAUAGUGCCAAAUCUGGCGUUCAAUGUGGCGAUGUUGGCGAUCUGGGGGGUGCUGCUGGGUUGGCAUACGCUGAUGAUCCGGUACAAGCAGUAUUGGUUCUCGUCGGCGUUUGUGGUAGCGGCGAUCCUGGAAGUGAUUGGGUAUGCUGGCAGGGUGCGGGGCCAUUUUGACCCGUCCCUUGAGUCUCCAUAUGUGAUGCAGCAGGUGUGUUUGACGAUUGCACCAGUGUUCAUGAUGCGCGGCGUGUACUACCAGUUGCCGAAGUUGAUCGAGAUCUACGGCCACAGGUUUUCGCUGCUGCGCUCUCCAGCGGCGUAUUGGUAUCUGUUUGUCGCGUUUGACCUUGUAGCCCUGCCCAUUCAGGCAGCAGGCGGUGCUGUGGCCGCCAGAGCGUUGAUAAACGGUACCAGCCCGACCCAGGGCGUCAACACCCUUAUCGCAGGCUUGUCGCUGCAGAUUGCGUCGAUCGUUAUAUUCAUGGCUCUGAUGGGCCAUCUGUACUAUAAGGUUUUUAUCCAGACCCGUCUGGACCACAGCGGCCAGUCCAAGUUGAGUCUUGGCUUGCUGAAGAUCAGCCAAACUGAGAUCGAUUAUCUUUACAGACAAAAGUUCAGCGAACUCAGAGUAAGUCCUGACCGUUGGGUGUUCCGUUAUUUCCCUCUAGCUAUGGUCGUUGCAGUCGCUACGGUCUUUGUUCGUUGCUGCUAUCGUCUUGCGGUCGUUGCCGCGGACUGGCACGGCAAUCUUAUCACACAUGAGAACUACUUCAUCGUUCUCGAUGGCGUCAUGAUCUCACUCGGCACUGUGGCUUUAUCCGUAUUCCAUCCAGGCUUCGCAUUCCAAGGAAGACAUGUCUCUAUUCCUGUCACAGAUGGGCGUGUCGAUCCAGAGACCGUUACGAAGCCGGGGUUCAGGCCGGAGAAAGAGGAAGCCUACAUUCACUCUGGUCAGCAAGGUUCGCCGCUAUACAAGCUCUUUAUGAAUCGUUGUCGGAAGAUCAAGAACGCCUUCAAGUGA